UCAAGGCAUCCGUCGUCUGAGUUUAGUCUGUCGAACAGGCCGGCUUUUGAACUCUGCCCACGGACAAGUACGUUUGGGAAGUAGGACAUUAUAGCAAGAAUUUAGAAACAUAUUGGUGAGUUUUUAGCAGCAGGACAGAAGAAGGGAGCAGCUUAGAGUGGAGCCCGGAGGUUGAGGACAAGAGACAGCAAUGAAUCCUGGAUGCUGCAACGUGAUGAGGACACAAUACAGUGCCAAACCAUAACUGUAGGACACGCAACAUCACCGCUGAUAAUAAAAAAGGAGGGCCAGGGGGGCUGUCUAUCAAUCCAACUGCAAUGCAGGGGCUGAUGUGGAGCCUGUGUGCCUUACUCUGCCUCUCCCUCUGGGAGGAAGGUUCCUGCAGGAACUCCAGGGAAGCCCGGAGAACCAAAGAGACAUCUCUCCACAGAAAUAAAAGAGCUCCACUGGAUCCCGAUGCUAAAAAGUGUUCCUACACCUUCCUGGUGCCUGAGCAGAAAAUUACAGGACCAAUCUGUGCCAGCUCCACAGCUUCCGAGCCGGACAAGGACAGAGUGACCCGCAUGGACAUAGCAGAUGUGCGAGAGGUGCUCAGCAAACAGCGGCGUGAGAUUGAUACAUUGCAGCUGGUGGUGGACGUCGAUGGCAACCUGGUGAAUGAGAUGAAGCUACUGAGGAAAGAGAGCCGCAAUAUGAACUCCAGGGUGACCCAACUCUACAUGCAACUGCUGCAUGAGAUCAUCAGGAAGAGGGACAACUCUCUGGAGCUCGCCCAGCUGGAGAAUCGUGUCCUCAACGUGACCUCUGAGAUGAUGCGGCUGGCUUCGAGGUACAAGGAGCUGGAGGCCCGCUUUGCCACAAUGGCUGGGGUGGUCAACAACCAGUCCAUUCUCAUCUCUGCUCUGGAGGAACACUGCCUGAGGCCAAUGGGACGCAGUGAUCUUCCCGCAGUCCCUCCGCUGGUUCAGGUGGUGCCGCAGAACAUACCCGUCAACAAUCGAUUCACCAAUGAAAUACAGAGGGACCACAAUAACCGGGCUUUUCCACACGGGUCACGCAUGAACACACCCACUGCAAACCCGCUUGGAAUUGAACCUCCACCACCACAAGGAACACUUACUUCUGAUGGUCCAUUCAAGGACUGCUUCCAGGUGCGGAAAGCUGGUCACACCACCAGUGGGAUGUACCUGCUGAAAACCGACGGCAGCGAGCGACUGAUCCAAGUCUGGUGUGAGCACAGCCUCGACAACGGUGGAUGGACCGUGUUGCAAAGGAGGAGAGACGGCUCGGUCAAUUUCUUUCGAAAUUGGGACAACUACAAAAGAGGUUUCGGUAACAUUGAUGGCGAGCACUGGCUUGGGCUAGAGAACAUCUACAACCUGGGCAAACAGGGCGACUACAAGCUGAUGGUGGAGCUUGAGGACUGGACCGGGAAGAAGGUCUAUGCAGAGUAUGGCAGCUUCCACCUGGAGUCUGAGAGUGAGGGCUACCGCCUGAGGCUGGGCGCCUACCAAGGAAACGCGGGGGACUCCUUCAGUAGUCACAAUGGCAAACAGUUCACCACGCUUGACCGGGACAAGGAUGCGUUUUCUGGUAACUGUGCCCACUUCCAUAAGGGUGGCUGGUGGUACAAUGCUUGUGGCCAGACCAACUUGAACGGUGUCUGGUACAGUGGAGGAGUUUAUCGAAGCAAAUUCCAGGAUGGGAUCUUCUGGGCAGAAUACGGAGGAGGUUUCUACUCGCUUAAGUCAGUACGUCUGAUGAUCCGACCCAUUGACUAGAACCUUGCGAGAGUGGAUCUUUCUCAAGCACAUCAACCUCGUUCCUUUUUUUGAGUAAAUAUACAUACUGAAUACACACUACACAAGAGAAGGGAAAAAUUGCUAUCGAGGAACAAACAACAGCAUAUGGAAGGACUGAUGACUCCAGCAGCUGUGAUGCACAAAUGAAAAAAGUUCCUGGUUAUCUCUGGAUGGAACAAUGGAACACUGCAUGUAAUUGUGGGAGGAAUGGACUCCAUAUUUCUUUGGAGCGGCUACAAGUCAUGUUCACCGUUGAAAGUCAGAAAGUUCAUUCCAAGAGAUAAAAUAAACAAUUGGAUGUUUAAUUAUUUGAAGUUGCCAAUAAGACUACCCUGACAAUGGAAGGGCCUAGCGGAACAAUUUUCUGCAUUUUGCCGAAAUUUUAGGGGAUUAAGCAGAAAACGGCGUGUAAAUAUCUAUGGCUUUAUUUGUGAUAGUUUAAUUUAAUUCUACUCAGGCCGAAUGUUCACAAUGCCACUUUGCCAGUCGUUGUUAUUUAACAGUGAGUAUUUAUGGUAACCAUUGAUAUUUAGCCCCGUAAGAUUGAGAUAAUAGGGUUGCAGCAGUACACUGGUUAUUAUCGCAUAAAAAGGUAGGAUUAUUUAGGUUCAUCAUACCAUGUACAUUUUUGUAAACAAAACAUUUUUACACUGUUAAAUACUGAAUAGCAAACAUGUAUCAUCUUUCUUUAUAUUCAUUCCUUUACAGGUUGUUAAUUGUACAUAAUGGAAAUGAUCUUACCAUGAAGAGCUUAUUGUAAAACCAUUAAUUGCAACCUGGCUUCAGAAACACUAAUAAGAUGAUGCAGACCGUGAGGCCUUGCAUGAAGUAAGGAAGGCUGUGACAUGCACUGCCAAUUUUCAUUUCAUUUUCUCAAAUUAAAAAAUCU